CGUGCCGUUACGCACUGACGUAGGCGAACGCCCGGAGCGACGCAGCACGCAGCAAGGGAGCUCACCGGCGGCAGACUGUUCAGCCUCUCUGCAGAAGGACGUUUUAAACCGCGCCUCACGUAUAGUCAACGUCCGCAGCUACUCGGCUCAGUUAGCGGAUGUGCUGGAUUCUCUGUGCUGUAUCCAAGGCUGAAGUCCCGUAGAACGCCGCCAGCGUAACCACCGUCCCUCACCCUUUGUUGCAGCUGAUGCAGGAUGGCUGUGAAUGUCUAUUCCACUUCGGUCACCAGUGACAACUUGAGUCGCCAUGACAUGCUGGCGUGGAUCAAUGAGUCCUUACAGCUGAACCUCACCAAGAUCGAGCUGCUGUGUUCAGGUGCUGCAUACUGCCAGUUUAUGGAUAUGCUGUUUCCCGGCUGUGUGCCUUUGAAAAAAGUCAAAUUUCAGGCCAAACUGGAACACGAGUUUAUCCACAACUUUAAAAUAUUGCAAGCCGGGUUCAAGAAGAUGGGUGUAGAUAAGAUUAUCCCCGUUGACAAGUUGGUGAAGGGGAAAUUCCAGGAUAACUUUGAGUUUGUCCAGUGGUUCAAGAAAUUUUUCGAUGCCAACUAUGACGGGAAGGAGUAUGACCCAGUAGAAGCUCGCCAGGGUCAAGAGACAGUGCCCGUGCCCAACUCCGCAGUGCCUGCCCUGAACAAGCCGAAGAAGGUGCUCAACACCGAGGUCCGACUCUCUCCUCGAAAGGUGCCCAAGCCCGCUGCAAUGAUUGCUCCCCAGCGAUCGGCGGCUGUUCCCAAGACCACUCCCAAGAUGGCCCCCACUUCGGCACGGAGGCCAGGGAUGGGAGGCGGCGAUGAUGAAAGGGCCGAGCUCAUCCAGGAGAUAAAUAUUCUCAAGUCCACCAUUCAGGACAUGGAGAAGGAGAGAGACUUUUACUUUGGCAAGCUAAGGAAUAUUGAAUUGAUAUGCCAGGAGAAGGAGGGCGAGUGUGACCCAACCCUGCAGAGGAUCGUGGACAUUCUUUAUGCCACAGAUGAGGGGUUUGUCAUACCGGAUGCUGAGUCAGAGGACCAAGAGGAGUUCUAAUGACCUUGCACCUUGUCAUCGUCUUCACCCCGCCACACCAAAACACACCCACACCCCCUCCCCCCACCAGAUCAUGUUAAGUAUUUGGUUCUGAAUGAACUUUAAUUAUUUCAGAUGUAUCUGGCUGCAAAAAAAUGUACCCCUUCUUGGGGACCUGUCAUGCUGCGCUCUGAUUGGUUGGGAGGGGAGGGAGUUGGGUGGGGUGAGUUGCCGUAGCGACCCAUCAGAGGUGUUCGCCUUCCCCCUGGUCUCCUCUCCCCUCCGAAGCAGAGUGAGAUUAUUGGCACCUGUACACUUUUUGUUUUAUUAUAAAAUUUUUUUAAAUGUCACAGUUUCACUUUUUUUUUGUAUUGGAUGAAAAACCUGGUUGUUGUGGAUUUAUAAAUGCCCCCAAUGUUGUGUGUGUUUUUUUUUAAAGAUUGUAAUUAACUGCUUAUGGUCAUUUUUACUAUUGGAAUUUAGUAUUUGACUGUUUAUAGACAUACUGUGGAGACAGAAUAGGCCUCUUCCUCAGUUUACCACAUUUCUCCUCUUCCUCAUCAGGACUGUGUAGUGUUUAGGCGUAAACAGUCCUUUUGAAGUGUUUUUUUUUCCCCAGGAAAAAAGGCACGUUAAUUGCAUUUGGAAGUCAUUUUUACUACUUUGUCUGUCUAACGUUCAUUCUAAAUAGCCAGAAUUUAAUACCUUUGUCUGAACCUCUAGUCAGAUCCAUUUCCAUUGGUUGUCUGAAUUUGUGUACACCGAAUGCCUUUGUUUCUGACGUCUCAAACCUGUCGUCCUAACCUCCUAGUCUGGGGUUUUGAGCGGUCCCAUUCUCGGAGCAGCUCCCUUUGAUACACACAAGUGGAGAUCAUUCUGGCUGCUUUUAAGACGUUCCUGGUAUAUUAGACACAUUUAAGCGUCAUUCCCUGUUCAGCUCAGUCUUUUGGAGCUUGUUUUCUGUUGGCUUGUGGAUGGUUUUAAGAUGGCAGAUCUGUAUCCAGCAGCAAAUUAAAGUUCCUCUUAGUUGGGGGGGAUAAUUUUCAUUCCAGGGAUUAGAUUAUUUUAUGUUAAUUCAUUACCUUUUUUUUUUUAAAAUUGAGCCUAAUCCUUGUAAAAUUCCAUAACCUAUAAAAUGUGGCUGGACUGGUUUGUUCUUUGGUAGUAUGCUUAAAAUAGUGUUGUGACUGAGCAAAUCUGCGCUGCUCUGAAAUAAAUAUGUUUAGAGAACCAGGCAUGACACAAACCAUUACUCUAUCUUCCAGUUUUCACUAAUGCUUCAGACCUGUGCAAAUCCUGUCACCUGCACGGUCGGCCCAAGACAGUCAUGAAGAUUAAUUUUUGAAAAUGGCAGGCACAGAUACCGCUGUUGGUUUAUAAAGACAGAAGCCCAGUUGUAAUUCUCUCUGAAGUCAAUGCUUGAUGGUGGUGUUUUAUUUUUCUUUGGCAGAAUAAUAAAUAUUCUUGGAAUGCUUUGUCCCUGCCGAUUACAGCAUGCUGGAAAAAGUCCUUAACCCUGUCUUAAGUGUUCUAACGCUAUGAUACUUUUCGUUGGGUGUGUUUCAUGAAUUUGUGAGGUCUAUACUACAUGGGGUUUCCCCCGCCCCCCCAUCCUAAUUGGUAACGUUUUAUUGUAUUUAUUACCAGACCCCCCCCCCCCCCCAAAACUUCCUGGCCUGGUCACUUCCUAUUUGUUUAUACCUCCUCUGUCCUGGUAGGAGAGCGUUUCCUGUAUGCUGUUUUUCUCGUCUUCAAACAUGUGAUGUGUCUUGUAUAUUUCAGCUUCUUUUAGCUGGUUCUCUUUCCUGCCAGUGUGAUCACUGCCUAAUUGUGUCUUGGGGAAGGGUGUAUGGAUCUGCAGUUCAUGUUUGUGUCCUCCCCCCCCCCCCCCCCCCCCCCCAAAGAAAAAAGACUGCGGUGCUUUUGAGGAGAGAGAAACAUUGCUGACAGUUCAUAAUGAUGAGCUGAGCUCCCGUUUGGAGCAGACCCUCGCGAUGGUGCUAUCUCCUAAUCCCCCUGUGGCCUUUUCUUCACUCUGCUCUGGUUUCUGUACACUGUGGACCAUGUUUUCCUCUUAGCCGUUCUCUCCUUGCAGGACUAAUUCUUUCUCUCUCUCCCCCCCCCCCCCCCCCCCCGAAGUCUGUUUCUUACGAACAAUAAAAUCAGUAUUUCCAAGUGC